AUGAUUACUAUAGAAUGCCAUCAGCGACAACAUCCCGCAUACGAACCACUAUAUGAUGAACACGACGACCCCGAUAUAUCAUCGAGUAUUACAGAAGCCGCGACAAGGCAAGAUCUUGAAGAGCACGAAGAUUUGGGGUUACAUGCCGUAUCGCCUUCUUCGAACACGCUAGACGAGAAUGAAGAGUCAAACUACGAUACGACCUCACACUCCCCUACAUUAGGAGAGCCUUCCAACUACAAAGACGAGAAGUCAAAUGGCCCUGAUUUAGUCUCAGUCAGGCGCUAUCCAUCUAGCUGGUUUGGCUGGGAACUUACAGGCAUCAUUGUUUCAGCGGGCCUCCUAGCUGCGAUAAUCAUCAUCCUGAAGGUUUACGACCAUCAACCUCAACCUAAAUAG